UCAUUGUAAUACACUAUCUUUAGCCAUGCAAACCAAGACACUGUUUUCUGGUUGUUGUGCAAGAGGAUCAGUUUUAUAAAAGUUGCUGACAGCUUAUAAUUUCACCAUUACAACCACGGCCAUUAGGCCAGAAGCGCCUUGGAGAAUAUUCUCAAAUAUUAAUAUUAGAAUUCUUGACAUUGCCAGCCCAUUUAAAUUGACUGUUAGCUUGUUAUUUCAUCAUGGAGGUAUUGUCAGCUACGGACAUGCAAAGCAAAGGUAGUAACAACAAAUACAUAGACAACAUAGCAGAACAAUUCUAUGAAGCAAAAAGAAUUGAUUUUGAAGUAAAUGCACCGAAACCAAGUGUAAUGAUUUUCCGAUUUGAUCAAAAUGAGAAAAAGACGGAAAAUAUUUUAGCAAUGGAGAAAAAUGGAAUGGAAAAUGCAGAUAUUGACAAUUUGAAUAAGGAAGAAAACUUGUCAACUUCAUGUAAACCAGGGAAGGAACAGGACGAUAUUACCAUACUUCUGCCUAAAAAAAAACGUGAUAUCACAAUUAAAGCUCAACCGAGAAAGAAUAAGUCCAAAAAGAAGAAAGUUGUGGCAGCCAAAAAAUGGACAAAUGUGCCAUGUAAUUCUAUUGGAUUAAAUCUAACUCUGUUUCCAAGGCCAACUAAAACUUGUGAAUUUCAGGGUGACAUUGACAAUAUAUUAAAUGAUAUUGAAAACGAAUUAAAUGAAUUCGAAAAAAGAUCUGCAGAAUUUCAAACUAUUGUGAACUACGAAGAUGACACUGUUACAAAAUGCAAGUACCUUCGUCCAAGUAAACACAGGAAAAUUGAAAAAGCGUGCAAACAAGUGAAAACGAAAUACUGUAAGAGUGUUCGAAAUAAUAAUGGUAAAACUUUAUUCAUUAAUCAUAGAGUUAACAAAAGAAUGUCCCUGGAAGCUAGACGUACCUACACUUUAUAUUCACAGAAGACUUAUGCCGAGAAAAAAUUAACAGAAGAAGAAAUUACGGUCACGAGGAAACAACAUAAGACUCAGUCUUCCACUUGGCAAAAUACCAACCGUAGUGCUCCAGUUCAAAAUUUGGCCCAUGCACUGGACACAACAAACAAUCCAACAUCUUUUGAGGCUAAUGUUUUAUCGUUGUUAAUUAAUUUACAACAUCGUGAAUUAACUCCAGAAGAUUAUGAAAUAUUGUCCAUGUUAGACGAAUCAGUCGCACCAAAAACUGUCUCCUCCAAUCAUCUUACUUCUUUCAAAACAGAAAAAGUUAGCGAUUCAUUAACAGACAAAAUGUGUUCAGUAUGUAUGGAGAUGUAUACAUUAGGACAGACAGUCAAAUAUUUACCAUGUGGACAUGAAUUUCACGAUCACUGUAUCGACAUGUGGCUUAGUAACUCAUCCAGGAAUUGUCCAUUGGACGGCUUACCUGUGGACAGCUCCUAGCAUAAUAUAUUUUGAUAAAUGUUUUGGAGUUAUGUGUUUUGAGAGAGUGGUGAAUUUUGUUAAGAUUUGCUGUUAUUUUUUUUUAUUCAAAAUACCUGUAUGAAUAUAUACACCAUACAAUUGUAUUUGAAGAAAAUAAACCAUUAUACAAAUUUA